AUGGACGCCGGGGACGAUCCGGAAGACAUAUUGCUCGAUUCGCUCCAGACGCUUUACGACCUCCAGCCGAUAACUCUAUCUUCACCUGGUUCACUCUUCACGUACAAAUACUCUGGUUCUGGUUCCUCUUUCGUGAUUACACUCCAGACCCCCGAUACCCACGCCGCCAACUGGGCUCUGCACGCAUCAUCUAUUUGGGUAUCGUCGAUUUAUCUGGCAGAUCACUGGGACGAAAUCGGCCUCGAGAGUCAUAUCAAGGAACUACCAAUCAACGAGACCCUGAGGGUGCUUGAAUUGGGGGCUUCUGCUGGUCUUCCUAGCAUUUUGAUUGCAAAGUUGUUUCCAGAAAGAGUCCUUGUUACAGCGAGCGAUUAUCCUGACGAGGAAUUGAUCAAAACGUUAGCAGGAAACAUCGAGCGCAACGGCGUCAGUCCCCGAUGCCGGGCGGUCCCAUAUGCAUGGGGCUCCGACGUGUCGAGUCUUCAUUCCACAGAUGACGGCGGAUUUGACGUGAUUCUAGCUGCAGAUACCCUUUGGAACCCAGAUCUGCAUUCCAUUUUCAUCGAUACCCUAAAGAUGGCCCUCAAAAAAUCGGUUUCGUCCCGUAUCCAUCUGGUAGCAGGGCUACAUACGGGACGUUACACUAUUCAGUCAUUCCUUGCAUCAGCGCAGACUGCUGGGUUUGUGAUCGAGAGUGUCGUUGAAAACGAGGUUUCCGGUUCAGCGACGAGGAGGUGGCGUGUUACAGGUGACGACGACGAAAAUGAAAGAAGGCGCUGGGUUGUCAGGGCAAAAUUAAAGUUGGGAACUGUAACAAAGUAA